GUGGAGAAGGGUGGUGGGGAGAGAAGGAGCAAAAGCCCAGGCUCAGUUUUAGAGCCUGGGAACCGUGUCUACAAAGAUGACAGCUAGAGCUUUCUGGCUCCUCUGUUUGAUCGUUGGAUCAUCUCCCGAAGCCCCGGUGGCGGAGAGAAAAGCCUCGCCGCCCCACAACAGGAAGCCCGGCCCCGGCGGCGGCCAGAGUGCGGAGGAGACGCCCGGGCCCCGGGCGCAGCCGCUCCCCGAGGCCCCGCGGCGGCCGCGCGCAGCCGAGGCCGCUCCCCGCCCCUGGUCGGACCCGCGGCGCCGGAAGCCCCCGCCGCCCGCCGAGAACCGGGCCGGCUUCCGGGAGACCGCGCGCGCGCCCGCGGGCCCGCCGAGCCCGCGCCUCGCGCAGGCCGAGAACCGCGCGUCGCCGCGCCGCGCGCCCGCGCUGGAGGAGUCCCCGCGGCGCGCGCGCGCCCCGGCACUGCGCUUCCCGGCCGCGCGGCCGCCUGAGCGCGCCGCCGAGGCUCCCGCCGGCUCCGCCCACCCCAACCGGCCGCGCGCCGCCGCGCCGCCCCCGGAGCCCGCGCCCGCGCCGCUGCCGCACCUCAGCCUGCCGCACCUCAGCCUGCCGCCCAGGGACGCGGAGCCCGGCGCCGAGCCCUGCGCGCGCGCCUGCAGGGGGGACCUGGACGAGCGUGAGUCCUACUGCGCGAGCGAAUUCGCAGUGAACGGAAUCGUGCAUGAUGUGGACGUGCUCGGCACGGGGAUCCGGCUGGUGACUCUGCUGGUGGACCGGGACGGGAUGUACAAGAUGAACCGCCUGUACAUCACUCCGGACGGGUUUUUCUUCCGAGUCCACAUAUUAGCCCUAGACUCCUCAAGUUGCAAUAAGCCAUGUCCAGAAUUUAAACCUGGCAGCAGGUAUAUUGUGAUGGGCCACAUCUACCAUAAGAGACGGCAGCUCCCUACAGCUCUGCUCCAGGUCCUGAGAGGGCGCCUCCGACCAGGAGAUGGACUGCUCAGGAGCAGCAGCUAUGUGAAAAGAUUUAACAGAAAAAGGGAUGGGCAAGUUCAAGGUGCAGUUCACACCCAGUGUACUUGAAACGUACCAUCUUGCCAUUUCUGGAUAAGAGACUUGGAAUUCGCAACAAGACAGGAAAGGUCUUCACGUAAUGGGGUCUUCCUUUAGAAUAGGACACAGCUCCUUUAUGAACUAGUUGCAUAGUUCCAACUCUAAUCUUGAAGUUGUCACUUUCUUAUUUACAAAAUGCUUCUUAAAUGGUAUGCUUCUGAGCUCUGCAGCAAAGUUAUCCAACUCUUGUGCCAGUUAUUCACACAGCUCAGAUGACUGACCUGUCUAGUUAACAGAUCACUGCUUCAUAUCAUUUAUUUUUAAUUAUUUUAAUUUAAAUACAUUCUUCAGUAGAAAUAGUUCACAAAACACAUUUCCUUAAUUUUAAAUAUACAACUUUGAGUAGUUUAUAUCAUGUAUCAAACCAAAUUUUAUACUCAAACCAUCACGUUAAAAUCCGUACAUAGCAGUAAGUGCACUAGUCAGAGACAUGUAAGAAAUGUCAUUUAGGUCAAACCCUAGGUCAGAGCCCAAGACAAAUAUUAAAGUUUUACACCUAAAGAGUGCUCAAGGGCUUAAUUCAAGCAAAAUAUUACUGAGACAAGUGUUCCUCAUGUACCAAAAUAUAAAGUAUAGUUUAUUUUCAUGCCUGUCUGCUCCUAAAAACAUAUGUUUUGUGCUGAACUGGCAGCUAUGCCAAUGCUCAACAUAUUCUGGGUGUAUCUGAUGUCAUUUUUCUGUUAAGACCAAGUAUCAUGUUUGUGUUUGUAAAGCAGUAAAUCUUGCCUUGAAAUCAGA